CUUAAAUUAUCCAAAUAUUAUUACACUGUAUGGACACCCUUGUAUUUUUUGUGUCUGGUGAUAUUAUGCAUUGUAGUGUUCGAGACGUACCAGAAAGCUCGACUGGUGUUUGUUCAAACUAUGGCCGAACUGGCAACAAGAGCUACUAAUGUUAAAUGCUUGGAAAGCGCGGGGGUACUUGAUCUAUUGAGACCUUUGCUGUCUGACGCAUGCAGCACCGUCCGCCAGUGUGCGGUGGUAGCGGCUGCUAGACUCGCCGAACACGACGAAGGGGUAGCCAGACAACUGCUCAACGGGGGAAUGGUUACAAUCACACUUGAGAAUCUCAACAAAUAUAAUGUGUAUUAUAAAAGGUCUGCACUUUAUCUAAUGAGAGCAGUAGCUAAGCACAAUGAGGAACUUGCUUCUGCUAUUGUGCGACUCGGGGCUUUAGAGCAUAUUGUUUCAUGUCUUGAAGACUUUGAUACGCAGGUGAAAGAAAAUGCCGCAUGGGCUUUGGGAUACAUAGGUAAGCACAGCGAGCAAUUAGCUGGACUGGUGGUUGAUGCAGGCACUCUACCUUUGCUGGUGUUAGCUUUUCAGGAACCAGAAAUGAGUCUAAAACAAAUUUCUGCUGGUGCUCUGGUAGACUUGGCCCAACAUAAGCCUGAAGCGGUAGUGGAUGCUGGCGCUAUAUGUCAUUUAGUCCAUGGACUGGAGAACCAAGAUCCUAAGUUGAAGCGUAGCACACUUUGCGCACUGGGUGCCGUGGCGGGAGCUCGAACGGAGCUCGCAGAGGCCGUGGUGGCUGGUGGAGCCCUGCCACCAGCACUGCUGCAUGCGGGACACGACGCCGCGCCCGUACGUCGAGCCGCUGCCUGUCUCCUCAGAGAUAUCGUCAAGCAUUCCGUUGACUUGGCGCAAUUAGUAGUGAACACGGGAGGAUGUGGUCCUCUGGUGGAACUGUUAUCAGAGCCGGCGGGUGGCGCCCGCGUGCCGGCGUGCAUGGCGCUGGGCUUCAUUGCCGGCCAGUCCGACCAGUUGGCUAUGGCGGUUAUUGAAUCUAAGGCCAUCCCUGCACUGGUUGAAAUACUUCAGAACACUGAAGCAGAAGAUGCUGAGAUUUGUGCAGCAGCCUGGACACUGGGUCAUAUUGCCAAGCACUCUCCUCAGCACAGCUUGGCUAUAGCAGUUGCUAAUGCUCUGCCAAGAUUGCUACAGCUCUACACCAGCCCCAAGUCUUCAGGAGAGGUUCGUGCAAGAACAUCUUGUGCUCUGAAACAGUCCCUUCAGUGCUGCUUGCAUCGACCCGCUUUGGAGCCAUUGCUGCACUCAGCUCCCGCUGGCAUACUCAAAUAUGUUUUAGCACAGUAUGCCAAGAUUUUACCUAACGAUGCAAGAGCUCGAAGGUUAUUCGUAACCACAGGGGCAUUGAAACGAGUACAAGAAAUUGAUUCAGUUCCAGGAUCAUCUCUAAAAGAAUAUAUUAAUAUCAUAAAUAGUUGCUUCCCUGAAGAGAUAGUGAGAUAUUAUACUCCGGGUUAUUCGGACUCAUUACUGGAUAGAGUGGAAGCUUAUACUCCCCAGAUACCAGAACUCUUUACAGAUCGAGUACCUAGCGACUGUCAGAGUGAAUUAACUAUAGAAAAUGCAAACUAAUAAAAUUUUGGAUGAUUUAUUCAAUAAAUAAUUGAUUCAUAAUA